GGCGAACAAGCGGUUAUGAAGAGAUCCAAUGAAGGCGAGGAAGCUGCGAGUGCUGCUGCUACUGCGUCAGGAUCUUCCAAGAAGCACAAAGCAUGAAGUAUUUUUUGCAAUUUAUAUCUUCUCCGAUGAAUACGAUUUAUGGAUCCUCAUACUUUUUCUGCUUCUUUACUGCUCCACUUUCUCGUAGCCUUCUGUUGCAAUUUCAAUAACUUUUCUUUCAACGAGCAUCAUAUUUUCAUCUUACUUUCUCAAUUACUUUCAGGUUGCUUCACUUGAUGAAAACGAAGUAAGGACUUGGGAUUGAUGUGAAAAAAGCAGAAUAAGGACUUUGGGCACAGGUUUAUCUUGGUGAGAUUUGUCUUAAGAACCGUCCAGAUGUAGACAUUUUGCUUUGGUCUAGGUGAUUGAACAUACAUCGAACCAAGGACUAAAUCAAGACGAUGAAGGAGAAAGAUAAUUGAAG